AUGUGGAAAAUUGUUACCCUUUGGGUGUUUUCAGCUACCUUUGUAUCGCGUAGUGGACAUGAAGCCUCAGUGUUUUACAGUAGCAGGGAAGCAAAUCAAGUGCUGAAAAUACAGAAGAGGGCAAAUACUUUCUUGGAGGAGAUCAAAGCAGGCUCGUUGGAGCGAGAAUGUUAUGAGGAACAAUGUGACUUUGAGGAAGCCAGUGAGAUCUUUAAGACCAAGGAAGCAACUCUGAGUUUUUGGACAAAGUAUAUUGAUGGAGAUCAAUGUGAAAAUGUCACAUGUAUCAAUGGAACCUGUGUGGACAGCUUUGAGCGAUUUCACUGCAUAUGUAAUGCAGGUUGGGAGGGACAGCUGUGUCAACAUGAGAUCAACUACAUCAACUGCUCCAUUGACUAUGGUGGCUGUGACCAUUUCUGUCAUGAGGAUCAAGGGAAGGGCCAACGUUACUGCAGUUGUGCUUCAGGGUACCAGCUGAAGGAUGAUCAUACUUCAUGUCAACCUGUUGUGGAGUUCCCCUGUGGGAGAGUUGUGGAUUCCCAGGCUUCAAUCAGUGGGAUGAAAAUUAAACUUAUUGCAGGAAAAGCUGGAAAAAAGGGAAACAGCCCCUGGCAAGUUAUGUUGUUCAAUGGAGCAGGGAAAUUUAAGUGUGGGGGUGUUCUCAUACACCCCACCUGGGUGCUGACAGCUGCUCACUGUCUGGAGGGAGAAGAAAUACUCAGACUGAAAUUUGGCAAAUACCAUCGCUGGCGAGUAGAUGAUGGCGAACAAGCUAUCUUCACUGACAAGCUUGUGCCUCAUGAAAACUACACCAAGAGUACCUCUGAUAAUGACAUUGCACUGUUGCACCUGGCCCAUCCAGUGUUCUUCAACAAGUACGUGCUGCCCAUAUGCCUACCUGUCAAGAACCUUGCAGAGCAGGAGCUGAUGAAAGAAGGGACACAAACAGUGGUGACUGGCUGGGGCACCCAGAGCGGGAACUCUGCAACUAACUACAGCUCUGUCCUCAAUUAUAUUGAAAUCCCGGUGGCACCUCGAAAUGCAUGUGACCAUGCUAUGCGGAGUCCAGUCUCAGAUAACAUGCUAUGUGCAGGGAUCUUAGGAGAUAAGAGGGAUUCCUGUCAUGGGGACAGUGGCGGUCCAAUGGUCACUCAGUUCAAGAAUACCUGGUUCCUAGUCGGGCUGGUGAGCUGGGGAGAGGGCUGCGGGAAACUUGAUAACUUUGGAAUCUACACAAAAGUCAGCAUUUACCUCGAAUGGAUUUAUCAGCAAAUAAAAACACCACAAAAACCUAUGUCUGAAAAAAGAUCACUUUGA